AUGAGACAUGAAGAUGUUAUUACUUCGAUACAGGCUUGGUUUGAUGAAAAUGCAUCUAAUUUACAACACAGUGGUUUGGAACAUGUCUUGGAUACUAAUGUUGCAUACACAUUGGCAACACUUCACUGUUUUAAAUAUUUAAAUACACAAAAAUUAACUAGUUUACAUGCUAUAGGUUCUAUGGAUGAUGAAACUUCUAUCAUGCAAACAAUCGAUCAAGGUGAACUAAAUGAGCAAUCUUACCAAAGAGAAAAAGCAAAAUCAUCAACGUCUCAUCUUGUGAAAAAACCUUUCGACGUUUUCGUAAAUUUAUUUCAUUUUAAACCUGUAAUAACAACAAUGAAUCUAACACUAUUACGAUUUGAUUUUCUGAAGAUUGUCUAUAACACAAUCUGUAAAGAAAUGGCCACUACACCAAAUGCAAAGUCGAAUAUAUUAAAUAUUUCAAAAUUCUUUGAUAGAAUUGUAGAAGAUGCAAUAGCGAUAGUUCAUGGAAACGAUACAAUUCGUCGAUCAGUUAACGCUAAUCUUGUACAAAAAAUUGUAGGUUUGAUUAAUACACAUAUCAAUGAAAUUAACUUUGAAUUACUUGUAUUCCAAUUAUUGUUAUCAGGAAAAAUUAUAGCAUUCAUUCAUAUCUCUAUUAUGAUAUUACUAAUAAAUCUUUACUAUAAUGAACAGAGAAAUCAUUUUGAUCAACAAAUUUCAACAUUAAACGAAGAAAAAGAAUCAGUGUUAACUUACUUUAUUAGUAUGGCUGUACCCGAUGAACAGUGUGAUGAAAAAGGAGCACACAUUUUUGCAAAUAAAGUCAAAAAGACUGUUCAAUCAAACUUAAUACGUGAUGUGCAACAAAUCAUAGCACAUAUUAUUCAAACACAACAAAAUUUAAAUCGAAAACAAAUUCAAACAAUUUGCGAUGAAAAAUUACAAGCCGUAGCAUAUGACAAUGAUUGGUUAUUUCGUUAUAUCGAUGCACCGACUGAUAUUAUCGUAGAAAAAUUUCAGAUGUUAUGGAAACAAGUUGAAAAAACAAUUAAUCAACAAUUGGAGAAUGAAAAAUAUCAAUGGAAAAAUAUUUUAAUCGUAUUGAAUUUAUGA